AUGUGUGUCACUAGCAUCGGCCGGCCACUGGGACGGCCUCCAAUACACGCGAACCACCGUGGCCAGGUAGAGAACAGUCGAUCGCUGUACGGUGCCAGAAAUGGUCGUCCCUCGACGCAUCGUGGUGUGCGUGUCACAAUGGGUACGGAUCCUGCGACGACAGCACAGAGCCAACCGCCAGAUCCAGGCCCCUCCCAGUUCUUCACCAGCAACAGGGCACUGGAUCACGUCACUACCGCCUCGGCCAUGUGGUUAGAUGCGUCGAACUUCCCGACUGCGAUGUCAACGUCCGACGAGCCCACCAUCCCCUCGUCAAGAGCACACUCACACGUCUUCUCCGACUUGAGUGUCCCCGAUCUCGACUUUGGAGACUUAAACGAAAUGGCCGAACACUUGCACAGGGAUCUCCACGAGCCAAUGACGGAUACCGAAGACAAGCUUUCCGGUCGAAGCGGGAUCGCCACGCCUAGCACAUCGAACGCCGGCGAGACGGGGGUCCAUGUGGUAGGACUCCUUGGCAGCAUUUUUCAUCAAUUGGCGGAGCUCAAAGAUGAACCAUGGGAGUCCUGGAAUCCACAUCUCGCAAAGGAUGCCUUUCAACGUGGGAAAGAUACAGGGUCACCGGCAGGACGAGACCUUGACAUUUGGAAUCGUGUUCUAAACGUAACGAUGCGAUUCGCAACUGUUCUGGAGACAGUGACCCCAGGACCACCGCCGGCACUCUCUUUGACUUUGAUGCUGCUGUCAACGUACGUCCAGCUUGGUGAACUCUUUGAGAUUGUGUUCAACCGCAUGAGCGGGUGUCUGCGCGAAGGAUCUGGAUCGGGUUCAUCGACUGUGGGUUCGGCUCAGCUAUUAGCGCAGCCGACAAGCAUACAGCUCAUGAUGAUGACUCAAGUCUUCGAGUACCAGAUGCAUACGGUGGAGCGGCUCAUGGGUCUUCCUGCAGAGUUUCGAAUCUGGGACCAACGAGAUGGCGCGAACGAGGAUGAGGUUGGGAUUCUUGGUCGCAUGGAGACUUCUGAAAUCGUUCGGGGCGUUAUGAGACAAACGAGGGAGACUUUCCAGACCAUUAGACAGGCUAGUAACCGAAUUAGAGGCUCUAGUACGUAG